UGGCCCACAAUGCCAAACGUGGUCUACAUCGGGGGAUUUCAGUGCAAGCCUUCCAGUCCUCUGCCUGAUGACUUGGAGAUGUUCAUGCACAGUGCAGGGGAACAUGGUGUAAUCAUAUUGGCUUUUGGAACUCGUCUUAAAGGUUUAGAACAUGAUUUAUCAGAAAUCUUUGCUUCUGCCUUUGCCUGUCUACCGCAGAAGGUUGUGUGGUGACAUGUAGGACCAACACCUUCCACAGUGAGUAACAACACACUAAUUUUAGACUGGAUUCCACAAAAUGAUCUUCUUGGACAUCCAAAAACAAAACUUUUCAUAACACAUGGAGGAACCAAUAGUAUCUACGAGGCCAUCUAUCAUGGAGUCCCAAUGCUGGCAAUACCACUAAUGCUGGACCAGUUUGAGAACAUGGUAGGUCUGAAAGCUAAAGGCAUAGCUGAAGUUCUGGAACUUACAGAUUUAAACAUUUAUACGCUGACUGAAUCUAUUAAAAACCUUUUGGAUGAAAAGCAGCCCUACAUGGAGAACAUGCGUGAGAUUUCCUCUCUACAUCAUGACAAACCAAUAAAACCAAUGGACAGCGUCAUCUUCUGGCUGGAAUUUGUCAUGAGGCAUAAAGGUGCAGCUCAUCUGCGUACAGAGUCAUAUAAGAUGCCCUGGUACGCCUAUCAUAAUGUGGACAUUUUAGCCUUUAUACUUAGUGCAUUUAUGAUCACAUAUCUAAUUUUUUUGCUCUAA